AUGCUUGUUUAUUGUAAACAAAACGGUGAACCUAUAGAAAGCCCUCAGUCAACCGACUUGAAAAUUAUCGAAAUGUAUAUAAACAGAAACCAUUUGGAUUGGGUAAAAAUUGCUACGGGGAGACUAUUUGAAGCUUAUGAAGAUUUUAAAGAAACAGAAAAUUAUGAAGUAGCAAUUUUUGAAGGUAUGGGGUUCUAA